AUGGCGGCACAGCAAACUAAAUCACUCGCUUACGACCAUAUCACGUUGAAUACACGCCAUCCCGUCCGAUCUGGCAAGUUAAGCAACGUUGAGAGCCAGUAGUACUUGGAUCGGAGACGGCUUGGGAAUUCGGCUUGCCGUAAGCUUUUUCUCGAUUUUUAGAAAGAUCAGCAGGAUUUUUAUAGUAUUAAUUAAAUUUAUUCAUAAACAUGGACUAUUUUUAGAAAACUGCGAUUAAAUUCUCGUUACUUCAAUUACUCAAUAAAGUUUUCAUGGUUUUGCAGUGAUUUUUGGUCAAUUCUCGAAUGAGUUUGAGCUGCUGAAAAAAACUUUUGUUGUCUUUUCCAGUUCAAAGUUUCUUUUUUCAGCUCGUCAGACUCAGGCGUUCCUUGUUUGCCUCCCUCUUGUUAAUCCGCUCCUCCUUUUUUUACACCUUUCAAUCUUCCUUUUCACACCUUUCAAAAAGAAAAAGUGUGAAUCUAAAAAAAGGAGCAAAAGAAAAUGCUCUUUUGAUUAGGAAUAUUCUAUAAACUAUAAACUGACGAUAAAAUUUUAUAAUUGAGGUUGUGUUAUCGGAAGAACAUCUCGAAAACCAGUCUGUCUGAAGUUGAUAGAUAACAUCUAAUGAUAUCAUUCUUAUCAUGAGAGCUGUGAGAAGAAGCUUUGAACGUUCAAUUUUUUUUGAUCGAGUUCAGUUUUUCAUGAUAAUUGAGCUGUGAUGCGGAAACUUUUGACUGAACUUCUUGGCUGUACACGGAACUUUUGAUUUCCAGGUGUUUUGGCUCGAGAAUAUGGAGCUUCAGCGGGCCACUCCGGUCGCUUACGACCAUAUCACGUUGAAUACACGCCAUCCCGUCCGAUCUGGCAAGUUAAGCAACGUUGAGAGCCGGUAG